AUGGCAAGCAUCUCGGUGUCCAAGUUCCCAACGCCUCGAAUCGACGAAGAGGACCAUCUUCUUGCGGAUGAAUCGUCGCCGCUGCUACGUCGUCUGUCAUCCAGCGGCUCCAAGUCACGAUCAGAGUACACCGCGUGGCUGAAGGAAUCAUGGUUCCUGACAAAGGCUUCCAUACCGAUCAUCCUGGCCUACGUGCUGCAAAACAGCCUGCAGACCGUCUCCGUCCUCGUCGCCGGCCGCCUCUCGUCCGAAGCCCUCGCCGUCGCCGCAUUUUCGUACAUGUUCGCCAUGGCGACGGCGUGGCUUAUUGCCCUCGGCGGGACGAGCGCCCUUGACACUCUCGCGUCCAGCAGCUUCACGAGCUCCAAAGACAAGAGCAACUUGGGCGUCCUCCUGCAACGAGGUCUCUUUGUGCUGACGGCAUUCUAUCUCGUGGUUGCCGUUAUCUGGGCCUUCUCAGAGCAUCUGUUUCGGGCCCUGGGACAGCCGGAGGCGAUAUGCGGCCACAGCGCGAGGUUUCUGCAGCUGCUGAUCCCGGGUGGCCUGGGGUACGUCUGGUUCGAAUGCAUGAAGAAGUUUCUCCAGGCGCAGGGCAUCUACCGGCCGGGGACCUACGCGCUGAUGAUCACCUCACCGCUGAACGCGGUGCUAAACUAUGUCUUCAUCUACACACUGGAUUUUGGACUAUAUGGAGCUCCGGUGGCGACCGGAAUAUCGUACUGGCUCUCCUUCCUGCUCUUGGUCGCCUACUCUGCCUUUAUCCAGGGGAAAGAGUGCUGGGGCGGCUUCAAGCCGAGGCAGGCUCUCUCCAACUGCUUACCAUUUGCCAAGCUCGCCUUCUUGGGCGUCAUCCACGUCGGCACGGAAUGGUGGGCAUUUGAGAUUGUCGCCCUCGCGGCCGGACGACUGGGGACCAUCCCUCUCGCCGCCCAGUCCGUCAUCAUGACCGCCGACCAAAUCAUCAACACCAUCCCCUUUGGACUCGGCGUGGCAGAGUCCGCCCGCCUUGGCAACCUCCUCGGGGCAAAGGACCAGCGCGGCGCCCGGCGCUCCGCGCACUGCGCCGCGAUAUUGUCCGUCUUACUGGGGACCCUAAUCCUCACCGUCUUACUCUCCACGCGCAACGUCAUUGGCGGCCUGUUCAACGACGACAAGCGCGUUAUCGCACUCGUCGCCGACGUCAUCCCCUACGUUGCGCUCUUUCAGAUUGCCGACGGGCUGAACGGCAGUUGCGGCGGCGCGCUGCGAGGCAUGGGACGGCAGUGGGUUGGCGCUCUGGUGAACUGCGUCAGCUACUACGGGGCUGCGCUUCCGGGAGGGAUAUACCUGGCCUUCCAUGGAUGGGGUCUGGCUGGGCUGUGGAUGGGGCAGUGCGUCGCUUUGUCUCUUGUUGGAGCGUUGGAAUGGAUCAUAGUCGGCUUGAGUGACUGGGACUCCGAGGUCCGCAAGGCGGCGGAGAGACUAAGAGAGGUUGAAGUCGGCGGCGACUAUGUGGCUGGGGAUUACCAUUACUAG